AUGAUUCUUCCCAACAUUUUUACUUUGUUUUCGGCUGCGGUUCUCAACCUCGCCAAGGCUGCUGUGGAUUGGGAGGGAAGCCGAAAUCAACGCUUCAAGGAGACCGCAUUACAAUUGGUUACAGGACCGUCCAUCCGAAUCGUUUACAAGCCGGCAUUGACCACUGGCGGAGCCCAAAUCGGCAAAGGUGUCUACAUCACUCCUGGACCUGGGCAGUGGGAAGGAAACCCUGGUGACUGGCAUUGUCUUAUUACUGCCAACAGAAUCGCCGUUGACAACACCAUCAAAGCGUGGAUUCCCCAGAACACCUGGUGGAAAAUCGGUGCGCAGUACGAUUGGGCGUCCACGCAGACUGUCAACAAUAAGAAGGUCGAUGACGAAGCAUUCAACCGCGCUCUUCGAAUGUCCAAGAUUGACAAAACCAACGACGCCGUCAAGUUUGCUAAGGGGGCUAAGCAGCUGCUCAUCCCGACAGACCUUGUCAACGACAGAGCUCUGGACUUUCAAGUCGAUUGCAAGAAGGACUGGAAGCUCCUCUCGGACACCAAGAUCGUCAAUUACAACGGUUGGAAGAAGAACGUGAUUGGAAAGCCGCAGUAA